UUCCGGGUUAGCCGGAUGCCCGGCAUUAUUGUUUCGUGACCGGAGUGGAGAAGGCACCGACGAGUGAGAUUAGCACCAACUCCCGGGCUCGGUCGGUCGGUGGGGAGGCUGUCUGUCUGUCUGUCUGCCCGCUUGUCCGGCCGGACGGCCAUGGGGGCAGAGAGCAGCGCGGCGCGGAGCUGCCGAAUGGACGGGCCGCCUGUCACCCUGCCCGGUGGUCUCAGCGUUUACCGGGCGACGCUGGAGGAGGAACAACUGGUGUCCGUGUUCGUGUACCAGCGGGGCAACGAGGAAGCCGUCAACAAGGCCGCCAAGCAUCUGAAAACCUUGCGUCACCCAUGCCUGCUGAGGUUCUUAUCGAGUACCGUUGAAGUUGAUGGAAUCCACCUCGUUACUGAGCGUGUGCAGCCAUUGCAUAUGGUCCUCGAAGAUGUCUCAGCAGAUGAGAUCUGUGCUGGAAUUUUUGACAUCCUCCAAGCACUUAUCUUCCUGCAUGACAGGGGUAAACUGAGCCACAAUAAUAUAUGUGUUUCGUCUGUGUUCGUGAGCGAGGAUGGUCACUGGAAGCUGGGAGGAAUGGAGAUGAUGUGUCAUUUCUCACAAGCAUCAUCUCAGUUCCUGUCGAAUAUUAAGUCAUUGAGAGAUUUGAGUGGAAUUGCUCCAGAGGAACAGUCCUCAGGUUUUCAGUUUCUUCCUGAAUCGCAUGGACAUGCACGAGAUGGUUACUCAUUUGGGACGAUGAUUGCAAAAUUUCUUCCUUUGCUUAAUGAAAUGGUUGCAGAACAUGUACUAGCAAAAUUCCAGGAAACCUUAAAUGCUACUCUUCUUAACCCAGACCCUAUGCAACGGCCAUCUUUACAUAGCUUAUUAUCUCAUGAAUUUUUCAGGAAUGACUUCUUGGACGUUGUAAAUUUUUUACAAAGUUUGACACUGAAAACAGAGGAAGAAAAGAAUGAGUUUUUCAAGUUCCUCUUGGAUCGAGUCCAGGCCUUGCCUGAAAGUCUUAUGGCCUCUCGUCUAGUGCCACAAUUACUAACUCCACUGGUGUUCGCAGAACCAGUGGCGAUCAAAAACUUUCUUCCUCAUCUACUCAGGCCAAAGACAGAUGCAUCUGGUGAUGAAUUCAAUUGCCUUCUGUCGCCCAAUGUCUUUCGAGAGCAUGUGAUCCCUAUUCUAUUGAAACUCUAUAGCAUACGGGAGGAGCACGUGCGGAUGGUGCUGUUGGCUCACCUCAACACUUAUGCAGCUCUUUUUUCACUGGAAGACCUACAGGACAUCAUUCUUCCACAGAUAUUGCUAGGACUAAGAGAUACCAGCAACACACUGGUAUCAGGAACACUUUCAAGUCUAGCAGUAUUGGUGCCACUUCUAGGAGCUGAGGUGGUAGUUGGAGGUGAAAGAGCAAAGAUCUUCAAACGUGCAACACCGAACUUCAAAUCAACUGAGAUCACCCCUGAAGGGUCUCCUGCACAUAUUGUGAACAGUAGUGAACAUCUCAGUUCUUUGGCUGUAAACAAUUCUUUCAAACUGCUUUCAAAGAACACUGAACCUGAGAAGAUGCUGAUAAGUGGGACGGAGAAAGCAAGAACAAACCUCACUCAAAAUUCCCAGCCCGCAAGGUUUCAAAUACUGACAAAACAAGCCCAACAUAAAGGACAAACAGCCAUAAUCUCCAUGAACGGUAUUCACGGAAAUGAUAUUUUGGGUGUUGACAGCACACACAAAUCAAUGCUGAUGCACAAAUCCGCUGACGAUUGGCCAGAUUGGAGCAAAUCGGAAAAUGAAAUUCUGCUUGAGCCUAAAAAGGAUUGCAUCCUUGCAGGAAACACCAAAUUUGGGGAUAUUACAGUUGAUAAUGAACCAUGGGAUGACUUUGAACCUGAUGAACAUGCUGCUUGUGAAAAUACAACAACACAACAGGCAGUUAAACCACAUGCAUCUCUUUUUGAGAAUAAGCCUCAAUCUAAGAGCAUGAAACUUUCUAUACCACUGAAAACGCACUCGGAGAUGUCUUGUGAAAGUUGGAAGAAUAACUGCAACCAGCAGAAAAUGUCAGUAAAGGAUAAUAGGAAAACAAAUUCUAUUGCACAGAUGUCCUCCUGGCAGAAAACCUCAAUAAAGAAAACAUAUUUGAAUGAUGAACUUGGAGAGGAAUUCACAAUUAGUGUCAAGAAAAGACCAGCGAGAGACCCUGAACUAGAUCUCUUUGCUGAUAUGAUACCAGACAUUAAACUCUCAUCCAGAGGCAUGUUAGUGCCAACACAGGGAACAGAAUCAGUUGAUUCCGCCAAAGAAACUGAAGUAGCUUCAAGGGGAACAGAGAAGACAUUGACCGCAAGAGACAAUUCACAAACUUUAGCACUUGCAUCAAAGUUCGCUGCAACAGACACUAUUGAGAUGGAAACUGAAGGUUGGGAUGAUGAUCUGAACUGGGAGGACAAUACCUGGUAGAAGAAUCAUCUUCCUAGCUGAAGAUCGUAUUUGGAUUCACAAAUCUCCCUUCCCUUUGUCCUAAUAUCUUUUGAUCGCACCUUUAAGACUUUGCCAAUCAGCUAGGCUUAUGUUCCGUGCCGUAAACAUCCAGUGCAGCUUACUGGAAUGAAGAGUGGAAUUUGAAUAUACCUAGAAAUAUCUAAAAUAUCUAGAGAGCAAUGUGCAACUAUGCAGCAGCAUCUGCUUAGUGUUUACUGUGAUAAGUUACCUUACAGAUGUUUACAAGUACCAGAAAUGCUUUACUUAGAUAUUGACUCUUGUGACGAUGUUUUAUUUAAAUAUUAUAUGGGAGGGGUAAAGAAAAUGUUCAGGUGCUUUCUGUCUGGCCUAUAUUUCCACCUGCAGAAAAUUCCAAUCAAUUGACCCAAUGUCCAGUUCUGAACUUGUGUGAAGUGGUGAUAAUUACAAUUUAUUGUAUAUCUGCAUUUCAGGAUAAAUAUACAAUUAAGCUGGAACCCAUCCCACUUGAUGUGGGAAUAAAAGAGAAAUUCCCUGGAGGAGUUUCUCAUUCGGAUGUCACAUUGGUUAGAGUUGAUAUGAAGGUGAAGCCUCUAUUGCUAGAUACCAAACCAGGAGGUCUGUGAAAAGUCAUUUCUCUCUUUCUCCCCUCCCCUCCAGCCUUAACAACACAUUCGCCAAGGUGGAGCAAAACCUGCAUUAGGAACUCCACAUUAUUACAACUGUUAUUGAAAAUAUUUGAAAUCUAGUUCCUGUAAAAUGAAUGUUUUUAAGUUGCAAUGUAAGCAAGUUCAAGCUCAUGUUUAAGAAAGAAAAUUUAAAUGUUGAAAGAUAAAUUUGUAAUCAUGGUGUUGUUGCUGCAAGGCCAAAACCCCCCCCCCCCCCCCCCCCCCAGCAAACAUCACUAAUGUAACGCGGAAAUAAAUCCUGUGGUAAUACGAUCCAGUCAAAAUUAAAAUCAUAAAAGCACAUGUCCUUCUGGACAUCAGGACGCUGCCAGAUACCUACAGAUUUUUACAUGUUCACUUGAGGCCCAUUUACAUGCUUAAAUGCCAAAUAGAAAUUGUAACUAAACCAAGGGCUUAACCUGCUUCCCAUUUUUCAUAUUAGAGUGCUGACACAUUGGAGAUCUUAAUUAAACGUUGUUCUAUAAAUGCAAUUAUUUAAUUUGGUUGAUUUACACUGAGCAAAUAAAUUGUUCCAAAUGAAGAUUGUGUAUUUUCUGUGUAUGGAUUGUGAAAGGACAAAUUAUUGACUAAAAAUUAGUUUCUCUGUCAAAAUGCCUGCAUAUUAGAAAGGGAUGUUUUUAAACAAGCCUGCUUUGAGGCAUUUGCCCAGCUACCUUCACUGUUUGGCUGCUGAACUUUGGAAUCUAAUACUUGGGACUAAGAAAUGGGCAUUGAAAUCUACUGGUAAUAGAAUCAUUACAAAUAUUAAUGGAACAAGGUAAACAUUGGUCUUUCAUUUCCAGUAUUGUAGUACCACUCUAAUGUUAGAUUGGAACUUCUUGAUGGAUGGAUAAUAAAUGAAAAUGGACUGAAAACAGUUACAAUUUCCACAGCUUAUCUGAUUAUAGGCAGGAUAUUUGCUAAAAACUAAAUGAUAAUGAGGGUGAUGGAGUGAAAAGAUUUACCUUUAAUAACAUCAAGUACAAUAAACCCUCAUAGCUGACCAUGUGGGGUGGGAAGAAUGGUGUCUGUUAUUGCUGAUUGUUAUAACCAAGUUAGGUAGUAUAAUUUUAUGUAGUUGAAACAGAGAAUUGCAGGUGAUGAUUAAUACAAAGUGCUGAAGUAACAGCAGGUAAGGCAGCAUCGCUGACCAUCAGCAGGUGGUCAAAGUGAUCACGAUGAUCGAACAUAUCGUAGUUUUCAGCAGCCCGAAGAAAGCACUGUCCGCAGGGCUACAAUGUGAGCUGCGACAACAGCCAUGUUACUGGACCAUGUGGUGGAUGAAGGGCUGGUUGGAACACCUUGAGAGUCAGGUGUGGGGUCGGAAGCCAGGACUCUAUAACGGCCAGCGAGACGGUACGAGCCAGGGGUGGGUAGGCAGGUCCAUCCGCUAUAUUUGAAAUCUGUUAUAAAGAGAACUGUUAAAAUGAGGGUUUACUCAUUUUUAAAUUAAAAUUUUGAUUUCCAAAAAACCAAAUGAGUGCUUUUACUAUUCCUUUAUUUCCCCAUAUAAACUGAAUAAGAGCCUUGCUUUGAGUUUAAGGAAUUUAAAAACAGUAUGGGACCAAAAUGCUCAAAUUCAUUGCACCAUUUAAUUUAAUUGUUUAAUCAAAAGUCUUGGUAAUAUUCAAAUCUAUGCAGACUGAAUUUAUGAAAAUGGCACACAAAAUGUCGAGCCAGCACAGCUGGCUCGAAGGGCCGAAUGGCCUCCUCCUGCAUUCUAUUUUCUAAAAUAAAUUAUGCUAAUUUCUAGUUUAUUUUCAAUACUGAACAAAUUGUCAUCAAAAGCUUAACUACUUGAAGGUAGUGAAUACUGAGGCUUGAUUUCUGUUCAUGAAUAACUAUCAUCUUCAUUCUAUUUCUUCCUUUGCCCUUUUUAAAUUGUUAUUUGAAUCAUCUACUGUACUUUAGAACACAUUUUUGGUCUGAUUGUGCAAUUUCAAAUUAAAUAGGUAAAUACUUCUGUUUAAUUUGAAUGUACUGGAAUUAAAGUCUAAGGACAUAGGCUGUUUUAAUGUUA